GGGGCGGGACUUCCGGCAUCCUCACAACGGACAUUUUGACUACCCCAACGUAGUCGACUCCGUUUGGAGGUUCCAGCUCGCUGGGUCCCGGUGGAGAUACCCCCACAGAGAAGGCGCGAGAGUCGGGGUGCACACAGCACACGCUCGGGUGUGAGGCUCGGUGCCCCAACCCAGGUGACCGGCUCCAGGGCCCGGACAGGCACCGCCAUUCCCGCGGCGGCCGCUUCUCCCGCCGCUGCCCCCGGGCUCCGCACACACAGUCCGAUGGCGGCGCCCGCCCAGAGGCGCGGGGCUGAGGUUGGCGUGACCUUUGAGGACAUUGCCCUGUACUUCUCCAGGGAGGAAUGGAGCCUCCUUGAUGAGGGUCAGAGACAGCUGUACCUGAAUGUGAUGCUGGAGAACUUUGAACUUCUAUCCUCCCUGGGAAUCGAACCUGCAAACACAGCAUUUGCCCUGACUAAAAAUGUAAUCGGCAACUUUUUGGUGCAUGGAAUAACGACCAAGCAACUCAGCGACAGUGGAGAAAAGCCUUAUAAAUACAGUGAGUGUGGGAAAUCUUUUACCAGGAACACUGACCUUCAAGUUCAUCAAAGAUUGCACACUGGAGAAAAGCCUUAUGAGUGCCAUGGAUGCAGGAAAUCUUUUACCUGGAGCAGGGACUUUCAUAGUUAUCACAAAAUUCACAAUCUAGAAAAGCCUUAUAAAUGCAGAGAAUGUGGAAAAUCUUUUACCACUAACAAUAAACUUCAUUACCAUCAGAGAGUUCAUACCGGAGAAGAGCCUCAUAAAUGCAGUGAAUGUGGGAAAUCUUUUACCAGGAGCAGUGACCUUCGUGUUCAUCACAGAAUUCACACUGGAAAAAAGCCUUAUAAAUGCAGUGAAUGUGGGAAAUUUUUUACUACCAGCACUACUCUUCGAGAUCAUCAGAAAUUGCACACUGGAGAAAGGCCUUAUGAGUGCAGUGAAUGUGGGAAAUCUUUUGUCAGUAGCACUGCCCUUUCCCGUCAUCAGCGAAUUCACACUGGACUAAAGCCUUAUCAAUGCAGUGAAUGUGGGAAAUCUUUUCUCAGUAGCACUGAACUUCGUUAUCAUCAGAGAGUUCACACUGGAGAAAAGCUUUAUAAAUGCAGUGAAUGUGGGAAAUCUUUCUCCACCAACACUGCCCUUCGUCUUCAUCAGAGAGGUCACACUGGAGAAAAGCCUUAUAAAUGCAGUGAUUGUGGGAAAUCUUUUAUCAGACGAGCUGCCCUUCGAUAUCAUCAGAGACUGCACACUGGAGAAAAGCCUUAUAAAUGCAGUGAAUGCGGGAAAUCUUUUAACAGGACAUGGCACCUUCAAGUACAUCAUCAGAGAAUUCACACUGCAGAAAAGCCUUAUAAAUGCAGCGAUUGUGAAAAAUCUUUUAGCACUACCACUGACCUUCACUGUCAUCAGAAAGUUCACACUGGAGAAAAGACUUAUAAGUGCACUGAUUGUGGGAAAUGUUUUAUCAGGAGCACUACCCUUCGAGAUCAUCAGAGAUUGCACACUGGAGAAAGGCCCUAUGAGUGCAGUGAAUGUGGGAAAUCUUUUGCCAGGAGCUGUGACCUUCGUGUUCAUCACAGAGUUCACACUGGAGAAAAGCCUUAUAAAUGCAGUGAAUGUGAGAAAUCUUUUACUACCAGCACUGCUCUUCGAGAUCAUCAGAAAUUGCACACUGGAGAAAGGCCUUAUGAGUGCAGUCAAUGUGGGAAAUCUUUUAUCAGUAGGCCUGGCCUUCGAUAUCAUCGGAGAUUGCACACUGGAGAAAGGCCUUAUGAGUGCAGUGAAUGCGGGAAAUCUUUUCGCAGGAGCCGUGACCUUCAUCUUCAUCACAGAAUUCACACUGCAGAACAGCUUUAUAUAUGCAGUGAAUGUGGAAACUCUUUUAUGCAUAGCACUCUCCUUUCUGGUCAUCAACAAGUACACACUGGCGCAAACCAUUAUAAAUGCCGUGAAUGUGGGAAGUCUUUUACCACUCCUGAAUCUCAUACAUUUAAAUGAAUCUCAUACAUUUAAAUACCUAAAUGAUAUAAAAUCUCCAUAAGUGUUUUUAUGGGGUGUUUUUGUGUUUUUACGUUGGAACCAUAUGUAGAUAUGUUUCACUUUCUGAAAUACUUACAUGGGUUUUCAGAUCUUUGUCACUACAUAUAUCUGUUACUUAAGGUAUUUCAUUUGUACCACCUAUACAUUCCUACCGACUGCAUAAAUCAUCAUCCUCUUGUGCACAAGUAAGCUAACUCUGUUGUCUAAUUUAUUGGACUGAUUAGUGUUAGCCCCACAAAAAAAAAAAAAAAAAAAACAUUGCAGGGGAACUGCCAUUUUGAGAGACACACAUUCCCUAGAUGCCAGUGAUGGAUUUAUUGAGUGCCGAAGACAUCAAUGGUAGAAAUGCCAAUCUCAUGUCUCUUUGGUUUGUGAAAUAAUGAAGGCUUUUUCCUAAGUCUUCUUUCGUCUUGGGUGUUCCAUUUACUGUGUGGGGUAGCUUAUAUGGAGGUCUGAGCUCUCCAAACAUGAUGGGGUAGCUGUGACAACCUCAAGUAUAUCUUCGAACUGCGCGAAUAUUUUUCUUGUUUUCAAGGGAUGCCAAUAUAUUCGAAGACUAUCUCUUUCCAUGUCUUGCAGAGGGCCAUGUGGCCUAAUGCCUUCAAUUCCAUGGGUGACGGUCACUGGUUGGAGGACCAUCGCAGUUAAGGGAAACAUUCUCACUAUAAAAACACUGGCCUAAUGUGUUUUGGAGGGGAUUGUAGCCCAUUAGAUGGAAUGUCCCUCAUCUAAGUGUGCAUCCAGGAAUAUUGCUGAGCAAAAGUGUAUAGGAGCUCAACCAAAGGACUUAUAUGCAUGCGUAUAAGCCUAAUCCAUGGACACAGACAA